CAGUGUCAGAGAGGGGUUGGCUGGUCUAGUCCCAUGAUUGCAUAUUUUUAACUGUGUUAGGAUAUAAAUAGCUGUGUGUCUGCUACAAGCCUGAAACGCUCUGAGGUUAUAAGUGCAAAACAAAACAGCAGUGUCCAUUGCCGAAAGUGUGUAAGAUGGAAGGACUGUAUGAUGAGGAAGAGUGGGAUGAAGAUGAAGCAACACAAUACAUGAUUGAGCAGAGUCUGUCAGAAUAUGGCAAGUACAGAGAUCAAACUCCUAGUGAUCCCACUCUAGAAUACAUUGACCAUGAAGAAAUUUUUACAGCCAUAUGUGCAGCACUGCUGGACCAUACAUCCUCCUCUGUACAUUCCGUAUGUAUGGUCACAGGAAAUGAGGAUGCCUUGAAGAUUCUUGUGCAGAACAAGGCAGCCAUGUCCAUGGCAGACAACAGGGGAUGGAUCCCUCUGCAUCAAGCAGCAGUACAGCAGAAAAGGAGCAUUUUAGAGAUCACUUUUUCAGCAUCUCCUCAGGGGUCGGGUGAGUCCCGCACACUGAAAGGAGAGACUCCUCUCUUUCUUGCCGUUGUGAAUGGUCUCAGAGUGAAUGCUACGUUCCUGCUCCAGAAUGGCUGCAACCCUGACUGUCAGAAUGAGGAUGAGGACACUGCAUUAGUUGGGGCCAUAAAGAAUAAUCAAUACGACUUGGCCUCUCUUCUUCUACGUUAUAAUGGUACAGUGGACCAAAAAUGCAGCCUCCAGAGAACUGCUCUGCAUGAAGCAUCUCUGUUGGGGCUAGAGGACUGUGUGUACCAGCUUCUCCAGGCUGGUGCCAACCCAGAUGCCUGUGAUGCCAAUGAACAUACACCUUUAGGACUUGCAGCCCAAGCUGGGCAUUUGAAUGUUGUGGAAAUCCUACUACAGAAAGGGGCCAGCAUAUGGCCACAGCGUCACUCUGUAGAGUCUGUAUCAGUGCUGUUUGAGGCGGCAGCAUCUGGAAACCCUGAUAUAAUCUCACUGCUGUUGGAGUAUGGAGCUGACCCCAACACUCCCACACACACAGGCCAUCUGCCCAUUCACCGUGCUGCUUAUCGAGGCCAUCUGCUGGCACUGGAACAGCUGAUCCCAGUGACUAAAAAAGAGGCCAUUAAGGACAGUGGCAUGAGCCCAUUACAUUCAGCUGCUGCAGGUGGACACUCUCAAUGUCUUGAGCUGCUCUUGAAUGCUGGAUUUGACCCGAACUUCAUGCUCCAUCCACGGGUUCGCAGGAACUACGAUGAUGAGCGCAGAUCAGCACUUUAUUUUGCUGUGUCAAACAGCGAUGUGCAGUCAGCGAGGUUACUGCUGAAAGCUGGUGCUAUGCCAAACCAGGACCCUGUCAACUGUCUGCAAGUAGCCAUGCGCCUGGGCAACUAUGAACUGAUCAACACGCUGCUGCGCUAUGGAGCGAAUGUGAACUACUACUCACGCGUAAAUACUACACACUUCCCCUCGGCCCUACAAUACGCAAUAAAGGACGAGGUGAUGCUCCGGAUGCUGCUGAACCAUGGCUAUGAUGUACAGCGCUGCUUUGACUGUCCCUAUGGCCAGGGAUCUCAUGUCCCUGUGGACUAUGAGGGCUGGAGCGUUUCUGUGAUAAGAGAUGUAGUGUUUUGUGAAGUGAUAACAGUGUCCUGGCUCAAGCACUUUACAGGCCAGGUGGUAAGAAUCUUGCUGGAUUAUGUCGACCAUGUCACCUUCUGUUCCAAACUGAAGAGUAUCCUGGCAGAACAGAAACAGUGGCCAGAAAUAUGCAGGAUUCAAGAAAACACUCGAAGCCUGAAGCAUUUAUGUCGUCUUAAGAUCCGUGAGUGCCUUGGUCGUCUGCGCCUUAGGGCUCCAGUUUUUAUCAGCUUUUUACCUCUGCCAAACACUCUGAAGGACUAUAUCCGGUUCACAGAGUAUGAUAUUUACAGCAAAGGAACUAUGACGGACCUUGAAUAAGACAUUUCGUUUUCUUUUUUUUUUUCAUUGCCAUGCCACUUAUUGCCACAUGCCUUGAUUGUUUAUUGUCAAUCAUUUUAUAGAAAGCAUUGAAAUCUUAUUCAGCUCCACCCAUUUAACCACUAGACACCUUUUUCCCCACAAAUCUUACCUAAUGUACCUUUAAACUUCAUUAUUACUAAUAAAAUAUUUAUAGAUCAAGCCACAUUUAAAUGAAACAUGUACAUGCUAUUUUCAUUUUUUUACUAUCUUGACACACAGCACUAUCAUAGGAAUUCAACAACAGAAACAGACAAAUUCCCUGUCUAUCUGCGUCCACUAAGCAAACGUGUUCUGUCUCAAAUUGGAUAUUUGUGUACUCCAAACCGUUAUUGUAUACUAACACAAACCUGUAUUGCUAUUACACUUAAUGUUUUCCUAUUACAGUUCGAAAUUAAAAAACCUUUCAUGUAGCGUUCAAA